ACUGACAUUUAGCAUGGUAACAUUUAUUGGAUACCAACCACCGUUAAACCUUAUCGAAGAAGAACAUUUAGCAUGAAUGGAAACUUGAUGCGAGUGGUUUGGUGAAUGCUAGUCAAUUUAAACUGUGGAUAUAAACAUUACUAAGUUAUUUAAAUAUAAAACAUAUUAUCUUCUGAAUAAAGACUGGAAGGCGUGUGAAUAACGGGCGGCAGUCCAACUAGCAACACAUGCUAGCGAGCUAGCUUGCUAACUUCAAAUAGAGACCAAGGCCAGAAUAAAGAUGGAAACAAUACUUGACCUUCCAAUCGAAAAUAAGAUAUUUUAUGCUGUUCUGUUGUUCUCAUGGACGGUGUAUCUAUGGGAGGCCUACCUUGCCUACAGACAGGUAAUUGUUUACUUUGUUUCGUAACUGUCUCUGUGUCAAUAACACAAGGCUUUCUUUACUGCAUUUCACAGCAGGCUAGCUAGCCGCAUGCUGACUAUUCAUUAUUGUUUGUCUCAAUAUUUUCACAAGAACAAAGUUGUUUUCGGGAGUGACGUCAUCUUUGUACUGGGCAAUUCCAUGGUAACAGAAUUACGCUGAGACUCAGAUUUGUCACUCAAGAAUGUAUUCCAAACAAAAAUCAUUGAUUUCAAAGUUUAACAAACCAUACAACUAUAUCCACAAGGACUGAUUUUAACGAUUUCCACUGACAUUUUUUACAGGAACACAUUUACAGUAAGAACUUUGUGCAUACACAGUUUGGUAACAGAAUAAAACAGAGGGAGAUGUUACCGUAAUUCUGUUACCAAACUUUGCAUCUGCACAGUUUUUCCAGUAUUUUAAUUUUUUUUUUUAAUUUACUGCGUAAAUUGUUUAAAGUAGUCAUUGUGCAUAGAGUUGUAUGGUUUGUUAAACUUUGAAGUCAAUGGUUUUUGUUUGGCGUAAUUCCGUAAACGUGGAAUUGCCCAACUGCAACUCAAGACUCCACUAAUCAUUCUGUAACAUGGAAAUUGCCUUUUUGAUUAGCUAUAUUGAAUAGAAAAAAUAUUAUGUUUAAGUGUCUCUUCUAACCACCCAGCGGAGGAUAUACAGGUUGACCAUGCACGUACCACAAGAGUUGGGAAAGAUCAUGGACACAGAAACCUUUGAGAAGUCACGUCUUUAUCAGCUGGACAAGAGCAACUUCAGUUUCUGGUCUGGACUGUAUUCAGAAACUGAGGGGACGGUGGGUACAACUAAAAUAUCCAUUGGUUUGUUAGGACCUACUUUGUUAUAUUACAAUCUAGUUGUCUGCCUCUAUCUGCUGACAUAGAGUAUCACCUCACACAGAGGGAAUUUUCUUUUUUCUCCGAUAUAACACUGCUGUGUUCUCUCAUAGCUGAUCCUGCUAUUUGGCGGAAUCCCUUUCCUUUGGGAAGUUGCAGGGACAGUGAUUGCUAGUUUUGGAUUGGGUCCAGAGUAUGAGGUGUGUGUGCAUGGUCCAUGGUUAAAAUUGGCAGUCCAAUAUUACAAAUGUUUUGGCAAUUUUCUUGAAUCAUUCCAAGGCUCUAUCUUUUUCUUUUAGAUCUUUCAGUCUCUUUCAUUUCUGAUGCUAGCAACCCUGUUCAGUGCAUUCACUGGCCUUCCCUGGAGUAUCUACAACACCUUUGUCAUUGAGGAGAAGCACGGCUUCAACCAGCAGGUAGACUGUCAACUCUGAGCACAUUCUUAUUAUACAGUUUCCUAGUUUGAAUCAUUACACUUUUUUUCACUGGCAUGGUUUCAAGCACCUAGUUUAUUAGUUUUUGUUGUCGUCUAUGGUCCUCCUUCCAGACACUGGGGUUCUUCCUGAAGGAUGCUGUGAAGAAGUUUAUUGUGACCCAGUGUAUCUUGUUGCCAGUGACCUCACUGCUCCUCUACAUCAUCAAGAUUGGUGGAGACUUCUUCUUCAUCUACGCCUGGCUCUUCACACUGGGGGUCUCGCUUGUCAGUCCUUUCACCUCAUAACUGCCUGGAUGGGAAUAUUCAAACAACAGUUGUUUAUGCUCCGGGGAGGAAUUAAAUGGAGCUAAACUAAUAUCCAAUAUAUCUUAAUACAUUACAAAUGAAUUUCUUUCUGGUCCUUCCUUCUCUCUCUUAGGUUCUGGUGACCAUCUAUGCGGACUACAUUGCGCCCCUAUUUGACAAAUUCACCCCUUUGCCAGAGGGUGAGCUGAAGGAAGAGAUUGAAAGCAUGUCGAAGUCUAUCAGUUUCCCUCUCACUAAGGUCUAUGUUGUAGAAGGUAAUGCACAGUACAUAAACUCAAUAACUCAUUUUGUCCCAAAGAUGUAACACCUUAGACUGUAUCUAUAAUGGGUGGUCCUCUGUAGCUCAGCUGGUAGAGCACGGCGCUUGUAACGCCAAGGUAGUGGGUUCGAUCCCCGGGACCACCCAUACACAAAAAAAAUGUAUGCACGCAUGACUGUAAGUCGCUUUGGAUAAAAGCGUCUGCUAAAUGGCAUAUUAUAUUAUAUUAUAAUUGUUUAACGUCAGAGGAGAGCAAGGCAUAUUGCAGCUUGACCCUGUCUCAACUGUAUGUGUGGUGAUUUGUGGGGGUUGAAAACAGCAGAAACACCUUUCCGAUGUUCGCUGUUACUUAUGGACUAUAAAGUUGGAUUGUAAUGAUCCAUUUUGACCUACUCUUCCAGGUUCCAAGCGUUCCUCUCACAGUAACGCUUACUUCUAUGGGUUCUUCAAGAACAAGCGCAUAGUAUUGUUCGACACCCUGCUGGAGGACUACUCCCCCCUCAACAAGGACGGAGAGCCAGAGACUGACACACCAACCGAGGACAAAUCCAAGCUCAAGGUCAGACUUACUCCGUUACACAGAGAACUGGGUGUCAACAUGUUAUAAAUCUAAAAUAUUGAAAGAAGUUUCAGGAAGGCAACUUGAUUCCCGUCAAAUAUAUUUAUUGCUGAAGCAUUUCGAAGCAAGCUUCUUCUUCAAAGGUCUCCAGUAUUACUGAGCACCACUUCAGCGAUAGACAAUUUCUGUAGUCUUGGUUAGAGCACCGCCAGCACACUACAACUUUCUUGUUAUAAAUCACAUUUUUUGAGGUGGUCUUAUUUGUUGAGGUGGUCCUAUCAUAGAAACAUAAUAUGGUGUACUAGAAGUUGUAGUCAAUGUUUCAUGCAUAAUUCUUUAAAAUCAAACAAUUUAUUUUUCCAGAACAAGAAGCAAGGCUGCAACAAUCCAGAGGUCUUGGCGGUGUUGGGCCACGAGCUGGGCCAUUGGAAGUUGGGCCACACCGUGAAAAACAUUGUCAUCAGUCAGGUUUGUUUGGAAAUUCCCUUGAUAUGCAUCUGCACAUCACCUCUAUACCAAUAGGCCACUUUCAUGUUGAUGCAGAAAUGUAAUUGAUACAAUUUUCUCCCCUGCCUCUGUCCUUGCAGAUUAACUCCUUCCUGUGCUUCUUCCUCUUUGCUGUACUAAUUGGACGGAAGGAGCUGUUCAUGGCCUUUGGUUUCUAUAACAUCCAGCCCACUUUGAUUGGGUUGAUGAUCAUAUUCCAGUUCAUCUUCUCCCCAUACAAUGAGGUGAGUGACUCCAUCUCCUAAACAAUGCAUUUACACUGAGUGUACAAAACAUUAAGAACAUCUUCCUAAUACUGAGUUGCACCACCUUCUGCCCUCAGAACAGCCUCGAUUCGUCAGGGCAUGGACUCUACAAGGUGUCGAAAGCGUUCCACAGGGAUGCUGGCCCAUGAUGACUCCAAUGUUUCCCACAGUUGUCAAGUUGGCUGGAUGUCCUUUGGGUGGUGGACCAUUCUUGAUACACACAGAAAACUGUUGAGCGUGAAAACCCGGUGCGCCUGUCACCUACAAUCAUACCACGUUCAAAGGCACUUAAAUAUUUUGUCUUGCCCAUUCACCCUCUGAAUGGCACACAUACGCAAUCCAUGUCUCAAGGCUUAAAAAUCCUUCUUUAACCUGUCUCCUCCCCUUCAUCUACACUUAUUUGAAGUGGAUUUAACAAGUGACAUCAAUAAGGGAUCAUAGCUUUCACCUGGAUUCACCUGGUCAGUCUGUCAUGGAAAGAGCAGGUGUUCUUAAUGUUUUGUACACUCAGUGUAUAUCUGACCUCUUACACUUCAGUGGAGGCCUUAGCUGUUGACCCUGCAAGUGCUGUGGCAGCUAUUCUCAUUAAGUCCAGUGCUUGUUUGGCGAAAAUACCUUGCGCAUACUAGUAGUAAAUAUUGGUCAAAGAAAUAUACAGCUAAAGAUAAAAUAUAUUUCUUAAGUCAGUAUUUCUUAAGUCCGCUUUAAACAGAAAGUGUUGUUGAGAUGGCGAUGCGCAGAUGAGUACCUCCUGCACUUCACUGAGGAAAACUGACAUUUCUCCACUUCUUACCUCCAGGUCCUGUCCUUCUGUCUGACUGUCCUGAGCCGCAGGUUUGAGUUCCAGGCGGACUCCUUUGCGCGGGGCAUGGGUCGAGCCUCAGAGCUCUACUCCGCCCUCAUCAAGCUCAACAAAGACAACCUGGGCUUCCCCGUGGCCGACUGGCUCUUCUCCAUGUGGCACUACUCCCACCCUCCCCUUCUGGAGCGCCUACGGGCCCUGGGAGGUACCAAGCAGGACUGAUGGGCCCCAAAAGGAGAGCCACGCCUGCUGUCUCUCCUCAAGGGGCUCCGCAGGCCUCUUCUGGCACUUAAAUGUAGUCUCCCCUAUUUUUCUCUUUGUUUGCCUAUUUUUGUUCUUUAUCCUCGCCAUUAGGUUCCUUUUUUCCCAGUUUCAAACUUGCACAAUACCAAAGGUUUUAAGAAAUCUAGUGUGAGACAAGAAGAUCUCUCGGCUAUGCUUAUUCUAGGUGUAAUGGAGUUAAGAACGUACCAUAAGCUCAUGCCACAGCUAGCUUGAAAUGUCGCCGAUGGAGUUAUCGAAUUAUAUAUUUUUCCGAUAGCUCAAACGGUUGGUACGUUGUCAAGGAGGGCGGUCACGUGUGCUAGCCAGGUAUAGGUCCUGAGUUCGAGCUCAGUGCGAGCCGAAUCACGAGGAACCGGUACUUACUAAGCAAGCAGCGUGGCGUCCUUAACAUAGGCAAACAUGAACAUACAAAUGUCUUACACGAGACCAUUGUGGGCAUAAAUAAUUACCCCAACAUUUUAGUUUAAGGACUUGCCACUAGUACAGGUCACAUUUAUCAAGGAUUUCUCAUUAUAUUUCAGCAAGGUUUAAAAAUGUUUUACUCAAAGUUUUAUUUGAAUUUUAUUUACUCCCCUGAGAAUUUGUCCUUCCAAAUGUUUUCUCAUAAACCUCAAAAUGUACUGUAGUGUAACUAUGGGGGGGUUUGAGAAAGGAAAUGUGCUCCCCUAUUAUCAAGAGUGUCAACAGGAUGUACAGUGAAUGGGCCAUCAAUUUAUUAUUAGUAUAUCCUUUUGCCUAGGCUGGUCGAUUGGCUCUAUCUACAACUGUUUAUUAUGAGAGGUGAACGCUAGAACUAAAAGAUAAACACCUUUUCAUAUUUAGUCAAGACUAUGCUUGAGAUGGAUCAUUGUUGAAGUUAUACAGGUAACUACCAAAGUAAUGGAAACACUUGAGUAAAUGAGGGCUACAAAGUAUAUUGAAAGCAGGUGCUUCCACACAGGUGUGGUUCCUGAGUGAAUUAAGCAAUUAAC